UGGGGCUGGGCACACAAAAUGUGCUAAGGAAAGAAUGUUUGGAUUGAACUGAAACCCUGCAGAACGUGGACUAUUUAGAGGCACUGAGUUUGGCCUCUGGGAGAAUACUUGCCUCGGAACAGCAGUGAACAGCAAUGGGCCAAAGGACACAGACAAAGUUUCAGAAUGGCAAAUCAAAGGCUUCAAAAACUAGCCCAGUUAAAUUUGAGAAAGAAACAAUUGUUGAUAGUGAUGAGAUUUUGGAUGCAGUCGGGCAAUCAAAAUUUGUUCUAGGGAACCUUCACCAUUACAGAGUCCAUCCAAAUUUGGCCCAGUACUAUGAGCCUUUGAAGCCCACUGCACUGCAUAAAUUCCUGGCUCGAAACAAGAAAAUCCAAGGCUUCACGUUAAAAGUCACAGAGUUUGAUCAGGAUAAAACCAUGCUGAUUCUGACCAACAACCCGCUUCCCUGCCCAAUCGACCAUCAUGGCAAAGACAUCCCACCAAAAUACUUUUCCAAGGAGUUAUUGCUCAAGGAAAGCAAUCAGCUCAAACCCACUGGGAACUACCUACCCCUGAUGUCUCAGAAAAAAAAGCUGAAACCAGUCUUUCCUGUGACACUGUUGGAGGAUCCUACAUCCAAACAUGAACAAUGGUUUAGGUUUUCCACAGACAAGGAUUUCAAGAGUGAGGGGAGGUAUUCAAAGUUCUAUGCUUUGAGAAGACAGAAAAGAAUGUACCCUCAGCUCAACUUUGCUCCAGGCUGUAGAAGAGAUACGAAGAAUGAUGUCUCCAAGAAGUCUGAGAGCGCCUUGCCAACUUCCCAAAUGAUCUGGGAACCAUUAACCCUUUCAUCGCUUCUGGAGGAGAAGCCCACCAGAACUGCGCCAGGAGCGAGCACGUUCCGCAGUGGAAGGGCCCAGCAGUGGAUUAUAAAAAAUGCCACUGUUACUAAGUGAA